AUGGACUCCUUCGACAAGAACAUUUCAUAUCCAAGGUAUGUCGCUCCAAAUGUUACCAAUCCGACUUGUCCUACGAAUGAUUCUACUGUAGAAAUGGUGGCCAAGGCUUCGGCUUAUUCCAUCAUUCUAGUUGUCUCCCUGGUUGGAAAUACCUUCCUUAUCCUGUCUAUUAGAAAGAACAAGCAAUCCCGAAAGUCAAUCCACUAUCUCGUUUUCAACAUGGCUGUGUCGGACUUAUUCAACCCAUUCACUCUCAUGCCCAUCCAUCUUGUUCAGAUCAUCUCAGGAUCAGUCUCCUGGAAGGUCGUCAGACCGUGGCUGCUGGGAAGCAUAUUAUGCAAACUUUCCUACUUUCUUAUAGAUGUGUCGCUGGUCGUUUCCAUUGAAAGCCUUUUGUUGAUAUCGGUAGACAGGUUCAUUGCUGUACUUUUCCCACUUAAAGCUAAGCUCAUCUCUUCAAAAGUGCGCCUUGUUGGCGUUUUAUGCACAUGGAUUGUCGCUAUUAUGGUCCACGCGCCCUAUUUCUAUGCGUACAAACUUACUCCAGAGGGUAAUGAAGUUGUUUGUAGGCUUAACUGGGGACCGGCAUUUGACCACGAGGAAACACACAAGGGGUUUGUCACGGCGACUUUCAUCACCUUCGUCCUCGUUCCUAUCGGAGUCAUGGCUAUCGUGUAUGGCACGAUAGCAUGGAAGCUGAAGAGAAGCAACAUCAAACAAAAACAGCAAUUGGGUUGUCGACACAAAUUGCGCGAUGAACAACGCAAGAAAAUUGUCCGAAUGUCGGUGGCUAUAAUAGUUGCUUUCAGUUUUUGCACGAUUCCUCUUUCUGUUUAUCUUUUCGCUCGGAUUUUUCUUUGGGAUAGGGGAUUGCCUCCCAUUUGCGCAUUUCAAACGGUGAUUCCAUUUGUGGUUGUUUUUUUGCUACAUUCGUGGAGCGCUGUAAAUCCGUGUGUUUGUCUCAUCUUCAACAGUAAGUACAGGAGUGGCUUAAGACAAAUUCCGUCAUUUCUCAGCAGUCAAAGGAUAUCUGCUAAUGAGCGGAGUAUUCGCAUGGAAACGAAAAAUUACACCAUUAACAAACGGUUGUCAAAAUAA